CAAAUAAUUUGACGCAAUGCACCGGGAACGACUCUCAUUGUAGAGUCUGAAGAAGUUAUAUCAGACGAUAGAUGAACUGCAAACCAUCUUAUCAAGAUGAACGAAACAGGCGAAUUUUCACUCAAAGAUCUUCCACAUAAUGUAAUCUUCUUCGGUACAACUGAGGCUCCCGAUCCUCGGGAUCAUUUCUCCAGCUUUCAGCUCAUCAUAAUGCAGGUGAUGAUCUCCCUAGUGGCACUAGCAGGAGCGUUAGGAAACCUCCUGAUCGCCGCUGUAGUCCUCACUUUUCGACGGUGGAGGGUCCCUACCAACAUCUUCCUCUGCAAUGUGGCCGUAGCUGAUCUUAUCAUAUGUCUCUGGACUCUCCCCCUAAUGAUUGCUAGUAUUAAUAAAGGAUGGUGGCCGCUGCCUAUCUGGUUGUGUUCUCUGGGUGGAUUUCUUGACAAUGCAUCCUACGUGUGUUCGGCUUGGUCUCUUGCUUUCGGAUCUUUGGAGAGGUUCUACCUGGUGCUAUCUCGAGGAAAGAACAGAGAGACUAUGAGCUAUUCUGUUGCCAUCCUCUUCUGUGGCAGUAUCUGGAUAUUCAGUAUUAUUCUUGCGGCUCUUCCUGUGCUAGGUUGGAACAGAUACGUGUACAGUCCCCUGACCUUCAGCUGUGCUAUUAAUGGGUUUAUGAAGGGGAUACACAAAUAUUACUUCAUCACUUUUCUAAUUCUUGUCCUGCCAGGACCACUACUGAUAAUUUUAUUCAACUACUCCUAUGUUUUCAUCUUUAUAGCGAGACUACCAAAACGAAACGCGGUAGAACGAAACAACCAUCUUAAAGUGGUUAUACCACUUGUUUUAAUAACUAUUGCCUUUGUGUUGUGCUCCCUACCUACAACCGUGAUUUUAGUGAUAUUACUGUUCACCGAGGGGCACCAACUGUCAGCUCUGACCCCCUUCCACUACAACAUAAUACACUGGGUCCUGUUACUAGAUUCCUGUGUCAACCCUAUGAUAUGCGCUUUUCUCAGUAAAAAGUUCAGAGGAGCGUGUAAGCAACUGUUAGCAGCAAUCAGUAAGAGCACAGCGGAGACGAUAAGACACACCUUCACUGCGGAGGGUGGUCUGGUACACAGGAUCAGACACAGUGUGGCUGAUUACCUGACCCGGUGUGCUCACAGCAUCAGAAAGGAUGUGAAAGCAAUGAAAAAAGCUGUGACUAGUACAAUGUGUCCUAAAAUAUUCCGAUCUGAGUCGGAAAACUUCGUCAUCAAAGUCACCAUCAACAACAGAUCAGAUUUUUCAGGGCUGUCGAUGGACCCUUUACUGUCAGCUACCCCACAAGAUCGCUGUAUUACUCAGCUGACUUCCAUCGCUUCUAGUAAAGAUACCGACUCCGUCAAACGACAGAGCUCCACAGACUCUAGAAGAACAAGUCUAGAAGGGUUCCAAGCUGGUGCUGCUAGUAGGAGAACAAGCGGGGACAGGAACCCUGCCGGCAUUUUAAAAGAUGUCAUUAUAGAGGAAGUGGAACCUAUCUUAAUCUGGUGCACGUGCGGCAUGAACCGUUGUAGAUGUAUGGGGAUACCGGCAACUCCUGUAUAGAGUCAAUAGAAGCGAUUAGUGGUCUCUGAUGUGGAAAUAGGAGUGCAGGAAAUUCUAGAAUAUUAAAUAUUUAGUCUCCUAUACUUAACGAGAUGAACUCCGAUAUGAACGAUAUAAUGAACAGUGAAAACUACUGCUAAGUCAGUUAGGAAAACUUAUGGUUUAUAACUUGAGAAUGUGAUUGCUUAAUGUUUAUCGGAUGGAAAAUUAUGGAACUAAUAGGACGUGUUAUGUAUUUGUGCUGGCAGCUAAUCAAAAGAUGAACUGAAAAAAGAAAGAAUUCUUAGAAGGAAUAUCCCAAGUUAUACUCUAAUGUAAAUCUAACAUGGAAAGCAGAUUGGAUUUAAAAUUUGUAUGUAAAAUGUAAAUGCUGUUUUGUGUUUACUUUUUGACAGGAGAAUAAUAUUAACAAUUUAAAUUUCAUUUUGUUGAAAAUUCAGUUGAAAAUCUUCCAAAUUUCCUUUUUGGAUUAAUACUUGGUUGGUUUUCUGCCCUUUUCUGACGAUUAAUUAUCUUAAUUGUGGUAAGAAAGAUAUAAUAGACGAUUUAGUGAGGCCGAUUCUCACUGGCGAAUGGUCACUGUAAUUGAUGCAGCAUAUGAUUUAAGAACUUGGAAAAUAGCCUUUUAUCUGUUCAAUCACUUAAUUAGAUGUUCUGAUCCGGAAUCUAGCUUUUUGAUGAUCACUAAUUAUUAGUAAUUGCACUAAAUUAGUAAUUGCACAUAAUAGAUAUUUGAAAUGUAAUAUAUACAUUUUAUAACGUUUAAAUCUUUAAAAAUCUUUAUUUAACCUCAGUUUGAAAACAAAAUCUACUGAUGGUUUUUUACAGGUACUUAUCAAAAGUAAGUAAGAAUUACCAUCGUUCAAGAUGGUUUUUAUGUUUGUAUGUUUUGUUUACAUAUAAAACUGGGAAAACUCUUCUCAAAUUAGAAGAGACGCUUUAAAAUCAAAUUUUGAUGAUGACAAUCUAACUUAUUGAACUUAAAAUAAGUUAAAUUAUUAUUUGUAUUAGGGUAGCUAAAUGUUUUUUGUUAAUAUAAUCGCUUGGGCUGCGAUAUUAGGAGUUGAAUUUGCUGAUUGGGCUAAAUGCGUGUCCUGAUUUCCGCAUGGUUGAUUAUUUAUUGCAUAACUGUAAUUGGAAUGGUCGAAUGUAAUUGAAGUUGUUCAAUGGGUCGACUCAAUAUUCAGAUGUGAGUGUAUUGGUCAAGCGUUCGAAUCGAACUGCUUACUAGUUGUUUUUAACUUUAAGG